AUGGCAGAGGAGUAUCCGGAAGGAAGGUUGUUUGGGAACCCUAAAGCCUCACGAGCCCUGCUGCAGUUCCUAGCAGAUACUGCCAUAGGUUGCCCCCGGGGGGACCAGCCGGCGGGGUUGUCGCUGCUGGCUAAUUCCGCUCUUCCCCGCGGGGACGGAAAUGGCCCGCGCGCGGAUAUCGGCGGUAUUACACAUAUACCACAACAUACAGCUUCAUCACGUAUAUUCUCUGCAGGCAAGAACAGCAGCGAAAUGGCCUCCGCAACAGCCAUCACCCCCACUGCGCCAUCUAACCUGACCUCCAAAGAUGCCGCCGUCCUGCAGGCCCUCUUCGACGCUGAAUCAUCACCAUCUCCAUCCUCAUCCAACGUCGUGAUCGACCCGUCUCUGCCGUCCUUCCCUGCCGUGCCAGAAUCCGACCUCGCCGCUCUCAAGGCGCGCGAACUCCACGCUAUCCGCCAGAUCCAGCAGACGGACAGCAGCAGCAGCGGCGGCGGCGGCAGUAACACUCCUCCGUCGCAAGAGACGGUCAAGGCAGCAAUCGCCGAACUCGAUGCCAUCAUCGCAGAGUAUCCGUCCUAUCCAUCCGCCUAUGUCAACCGCGCGCAGGCGCUGCGCGUGUUGAUCGAGUGUCGAAAGUCGAGCAGUGAGUCUGCAGACAACGACAGCAGCAACGCCCUCUUCUCUCCAGAAAAUACGUCCCUUGCUACACGCCUCUUCUCUGACCUGGGUCAAGCCAUCGCCCUGGCCUCGCCAGAAUCAUCAUCAUCAGACAGCAACAGCAACACAUCUCGCAUCACCGUCUCACCCGCCCAAGCCCGCAUUCUAGCCGACGCACACACCCAUCGCGGCUAUCUCUUGCUGAAAGCAUCAAAGCGGAGGACAACACAACCAGAGGAAGAGGGUGCUGCUGGCGGCCCACAACAACUCGCCCACGUCACCAGCAAGGACCAGCUGGAAGAGCUGGCCAGUCGGGAUUUCUUCCUCGGUGGGCGCUACGGCAAUAGGAUUGCGCAGCAGUUGGCGGUGCAGACGAAUCCGUAUGCGAAGAUGUGUGGUGCUAUUGUUAAGGAGGCGUUGAGGAAGGAGAUGGAGGAGAGGGCUGCUUAG